UCUUCUUCGCCAAAUCUAUACACUACGAUAUUCAUACUCAAUUUUCUGUGUUCUACGUCUAUUUUCCCAUCUCUUUUUUGAUAUUUAAUCAAAGCAACAAGACUUUAAGAGAAUAAAAAAAUACAUAAUUGUUAUACAACUUACAAGUCUCAUACGAGCAAUUUAAACCAGUGUAAUAUAUAUAAUUGAUAGAUAAUUGUACUUAAUUGAUAGGAAAACUUUUUUUUCUCUCGAAUGUACUAUAAGUAUCAAAAGCACUGAGUACCCAAAAACAUCCCUUUUCAAUUUGGAGUUCUCUAUAGCAUAUUGUCUAAUGCAAAAAGAAUAUUCUUAAACAAUCAAAAUCAUUUGCCAUACCUCAAUCAAUUAACGUACCGAAAGCGCCACAUUUUGAACGAACCACAUAGUGCAAAGCGUAACAUUGGGAAGCGCAAAGCACGCAAUUUGCGUAGAGUUCGGAAAAAAAAAUAAAAAAAUAUACAAAUCAUUCGGUUUAUUAGCGAAUAUUUAAAUAAAGUGAAUUACAAUCUUAAGAAAUCUAAUAAAGCAAAACGGAACAGAUUUUUUAUUUUGUUUUGCAAAAUAACGUGAAUCAUUCAAGAUUGGUAGAGACCAAACAAAAUCCAGUACUAGCACACGAUCGCCGACGACGACGACAAAUACAGCGAUUAAAAAUAAGAAUCGGGGCGAAAUAAUACUGUUGAAAAAUUCAGAAAAAUAAACAAGAAUUUAAUCUAGAGGGAAUAUAUAGUGAUAUUUUUAAGUCAAUAUUAAUUUAUUAUUGAGAUAAAGGGCAACAGAAAACAGAAAGCAGAAUAUACAUAUAACAAGACAUUUUUUUCUUCUCUUCUUCAUCUUGUGUUAAGUGUGUAUCUUGUCCGCUCGAUCCCAUUCUCAUUCCAGAUUUCACUUAUUCUCUCAUAUAGUCAGUGAAAUAAAUAUAUACAAAUAUUGUACACGGAUAUUUCGCGGAUAGCUAGUCAAAAGACCACGAAAGCGAACAAACGUGCAACCGAACACAAACUUUAAAAUUUAUCUGUGUUGGUGACCGUGUCUGUUGCGAACUCAUUGCAAGAAGUCAUAUUUUCUUGAAUUGUACAUUUUCAAAAAAAAUAAAGAAGGCAAGCAGUGAUAGAAGAGAAAAAAAAAAUUAAAUAAAAGAAGGAAAAAAGAACAAGAAAAAAGAGAAUAUUUGUACAUUUUUUCAUAUUUCAACACAAAUAAAUCAGAAUCAACGUCAUCUAAAUGUGUAUUUGGAUAAGCGGCAAAACUCUCUAGUCAGAGAAAGACAACAACAAAAAAAUAUAAGAAGCAAAUCGCACACACAAAAUCCACACGAAUACACAGGAACUAAGACAAAACGACGGCAGCCAACGCAGAAUAAAAAAAACUGAUAACUGAUAUUUUUUGUGUUUAACUGCUGCUCUUUCUGGCAUUCACAAAUACGUUAAACCGUAUUGUUCAGUUGAGCUUGGAAGCGAAAAAAAAUGCUUUUAAAUAAACACAGCAUUUUUGUUUUACGCUGUCAUAAAUAGAGAGAAGUUCUGAUUUUCCGAGAUCAAGUUCUGGAACACAUAAUAUAUUCUCGUCGGCGAGACGGUGUGCGUUGAAUUCACAUACAAACACACAUCCCGCGCUAAGACCGUGUUCAUUUGCGCGAAAGAGAGAAAACACAAGAGCAAAAAAAAACAAGCAGUGUUCCAUACUAGUUGGUUGCUUUGUUUUGCAUUUCUGCAUUGCACCGUGUGCACUGGCAUUGACUUCGUGUGUGCGUGCGUUUAGAUAAUUAUUGAAUACGUCAAACCGCCAAUCGGCCGAUUUCAUUCACGCCAUUGGCAUCAUUACAAACGAAGAAAUUAAAAGCGAAUCAUAAGAGAAAUUCGUUUCAAAGCAUAUUCUCGUUGUCUUAGAACGGCUAACCUCAGUUUGCGUUCGGUUUGGUGCACGUGUGGUAGUGUGUUUCUUUAUAUCUAUAGUUAAUUCGCGAUUUCUUCAACAGCUUGCCAACAUUGAAAAAAACUUUUGCGCGCAAGUGAAGAGCGAGUGGCAAAACAAAAAGAGAAACAGAAAAACGCAAAAGUAAAGUAUUCGUAGCUGAGUUUCAAAUAAUAGCGAGCGAAAGAGGCAACCUUUUUUUCUUCUUCAUCGUGUUCUUCAGAGAAAAAAAGAAGCAAAAUAAAGAAACACCGAUUGAAAUAGAAGCAUUUCGUAUACAUAAAUACAAAAUCACAUUUGCAGACACUCGCCAAAAGUCGUGCAUCAAAUGAAGUUGCAUUUGUGCAGUGAGUGAGAAAGAGUGAGAGAGAGAGAGAGAGAAAGAAAAAAAUAAGAGGCAAAAACCGGUUUCGCUACACACGAACCUUGCAUCUUCUUUCGCAUCAUUUGCUGCAUUCUGUUCGUUGGCUUUUAUAGCAUUUGCAUUGUGUGUAUGCUUUGGAUGGAAUUUCUUCAUACUUUUUCCUAUUCGAUUUAGCAUCUUUAUGCUCUAAACAGAAAGCAACAGUAAACACAAGAUAAAGAAUCGAACACACAAUAAUACAAAUAAAAACGACGAAGAAUAACAGAAACAACCAAACAACAACACAUACGGCAAGAAAAUAUUAUCGGUGCUUGUGUGUGCGCGCACACACGUACUUCUAUUCGCGUUUAGAGCGACAGCACAUAGGCAUUUGCAAUAGAUGUUGCAAACGAACACGAAGAGGUGAUUUUCAUCGCGUAUUCGAAUUGGUUUAUUCGUACAUUUAGCUCGGUGUAGUCAUUUAUUUGGAACAAUUUCUAAUUGGUGCCAGUGCUCAAAACGGCGUGCCGAUCGAUUUUAAAACCACACUCAAAUUACCAAAAAAAAAAAGUAUCCACCACAAUACAUUUGUUGAAUGUGUGAAGUGUUUGCAAAUUUAACCAUUCAUUAAAAUACGAUUUCUUAGGUUUUAUUUCAUUUUUGUGCAAGAAUUUUUCAAACGCGUUCAGUGCAAUAUCUAUUAUAUCAAAUCGUGAUUGAAAUAACAAAACAAUUGAAAAAAAAAACAGCAACAACAUAUUUUUAUCACAGAUUGUAACAAACAAAAGAAAAAUCGAAAAUUAAAUACACAUAGGAAUAGAAAUACUUUGGCCAAAAAUCGAUUUGUAUUCGGUACGAGGGAAAACUGUCAGGAUUUAGAAAAAAGACCAAAAACAAAACAAAUACACAAUAGUACGGAAACAGAGAGAGAGUGAGAGAGAACCGAAAUCUGAGGGAUUCGUGUAACUAAUCACUGUAAUUGGAUGUGUUAUACUUGUCAACAAUAUCGCUUUUAUGUGUUUGGUUUUGUUUUUAUGUGCUCAAUAAAACGAAUCAUAAGCGCAUUCACAAAACAAAGUCAAAUAAUUUGCUUCCCCUGGUGAAUUCACACAGUGGAUGAAAAACCAAACAAGCAUAACAAACACAGAACAGGCACGUGACGUCAAAUCCAUAUUGCUAUGCAACACAUUUAAUAUCUAAAUACCUGAAGAAUAUUUGAAAUUUUGUCAUUCCGGUAAACAGAGCACGUAUCCAAAAGUGACAACUAUUGUAUUUUGAUACGAGGGCAAAAGCAUUUUGAAACCGGAAUAAAAAAAUAAAAAAUAAAAUAAAACAAAAGCAGCAGGCUAAACAGUAUUCUAACAGAAUUCAUUUGUCUGGGUGACUGAGAGAAUUAAAAACAAAAGAACAAAACUAUUAAUUUCACAACUGAAAUAGAAACAAAGAAUAAGAAAUACGUAGUCUCAAAAGGAGAAAGUGUUGAACUGAAAUUUAAUUGAAUUAAAUCAAACAAAGAACGUUAAAAUUUAUUGAGAAUUUUUGAACGAAAAAAGGUGGAAAAUAGAAAAACGCACGAUAUAAAAUAUCACGACGUAUUUUUCCGAUAGCCUCGCAACACGUUCACUGUAUGUGACACAUCCGUUUGGUCGGUUCACAUUAAGCGAUUUUAAUCCAAGUUUAGUUGUGUAUCAGGCCAACGCAUUUAGUACUUAUCCAAAUAAUAGCCGAACACAAACAAACUUUUACAAUCAAAAUACCAUCGACAAUACUAUCGUCAAUACCGCCACUGCCACCAUCUAUUCGCAUCAUAACGCACGGAGCUCACAAACAAAUCCCAAUUUAUACCCAAAUCAAUACUAUUCAUACGCAUCCUAUCCACUGAAUCCUCAUAAUAAUCGCAAUUAUUGUGUACACGAUCAACAAUACGGUAAUCUUCGCAUUAAAAUAGAACCAAACGCCUUCACAAAGAGUACGCAAUUGGUUAUUGCAAAACGCGACACCAACGAAAAAACGUCGUCACACUUUAGCGCGACCAAUAUCCCAAUCAAUUCAAGGCAAUUGCUAACCGAUCCGAUAGCAACGCAAGCAGCCAUCGUGACAUCAAUAGCAUCAACCACAGCCACAUCGAAUCAUCAAUCGAUUUACUUGCUCAAUAAUCGCAGUGCAAAUUUGUUCACAGACAACAAUAUUUCACACUUUGUGCAUCUGUGCAUAUUAACGAACAUUCAGGACGACACCAGUCGAAACAGCAUCAGUCGAAACUUCAUCCCCAAAAAGAGCAGCCUCACAUUCAACGGUAGAGAAACUAUGCGAGGUAGCGACGAAUUGCUCAGUCAAGCAGCAGUGAUGGCGCCCGCUUCAGAUAAUAACAAUCAAGAUUUAGCAACCAAAAAGGCCAAAUUAGAUUCAACAUCAACAGUUUUGGGUGGUGUUGGAAAACCGUCGAGAGUAAUACACAUCAGGAAUAUACCAAAUGAUUCAAGCGAAUCCGAAGUCAUACAAUUGGGUUUGCCGUUUGGUCGGGUUACAAAUGUACUCGUGCUGAAGGGUAAAAACCAAGCAUUCUUGGAAAUGGCAGAUGAGGUAUGUGCUGCUGCAAUGGUUGCCUGCUUCAAUACGAAUCCACCUCAGGUCCGAGGCCGAACUGUCUACGUACAAUUCUCAAACCAUCGCGAACUAAAAAUUGAUCAGAGUCAUUCGGUUAUUAAUGCAUCAGUAGCAUUACAAAGUCAAGACUUCCAGGUAGCAUCACCAGCAUCCGGUUCACCUCUGCCAAUAUCUGGAACGGAUCCAGUAUCACAUGGUGUUCAUCAAACAAUAUCAACUACUGGCGGCCAAAAUACCGUUUUACGUGUGAUAGUGGAAUCACUAUUGUAUCCCGUAUCGUUGGACAUUCUGCAUCAAAUAUUUCAACGCUUCGGCAAAGUGCUGAAAAUAGUCACAUUCAACAAAAAUAAUUCAUUCCAAGCCCUGAUUCAGUAUCCAGAUGCUCAAACUGCUCAACAUGCGAGAGCUGUUUUAGAUGGUCAAAAUAUUUAUAACGGUUGCUGCACAUUACGGAUCGAUAACAGCAAACUGACAGCCUUAAAUGUAAAAUAUAAUAAUGACAAAUCACGUGAUUUCACAAAUCCAUCGCUGCCACCCGGUGAUCCUGGCUCAGAAGUAAUCGCUAGUGCUGGAGGUCUUGUCAAUGCAAGCGAUCUAUUAUUGAUUGCGGCACGACAACGGCCAACCAUAACAGGUGAUAGAAUUGGAGUAAAUGGUUUGGGUGCACCGAGUGUGAUACCACCAUUUGCUUUAGGUUUAGGUACACCAUUGACAACUGGCGCAUACGGAAGUGCAAUUCCAAGUCUUGGAGCGUUCGCAUUGGCAACGACUACAGGCAUCGGUCAAACAAAUCCCACAUCGCUCAGAGGAAUAUCAAACGUUUUACUCGUUUCCAAUCUCAACGAAGAGAUGGUCACGCCUGAUGCUCUAUUUACCCUCUUUGGUGUCUAUGGUGAUGUACAACGUGUAAAAAUUCUGUACAACAAAAAGGACUCGGCACUAAUUCAAAUGGCUGAACAACAUCAGGCGUAUUUGGCAAUGACUCAUUUGGAUAAGCUUCGUCUAUGGGGUAAAGCAAUUCGAGUAAUGGCUAGUAAACAUCAAGCUGUUCAACUGCCAAAAGAAGGUCAACCUGAUGCUGGCUUAACGCGUGACUAUGCACAAAAUCCAUUGCACAGAUUUAAAAAGCCUGGCAGCAAAAAUUAUCAAAAUAUUUAUCCACCAUCAGCAACUUUACAUUUAAGCAACAUUCCAACUACUGUAUCUGAAGAAGACAUUCGAGAAGCAUUCACAAAAAAUAGCUUUGAAGUUAAAGCAUUUAAAUUCUUUCCUAAGGACCGGAAGAUGGCUUUGCUUCAGCUGAGCUCAGUGGACGAAGCGGUAUUGGCUUUAAUGAAAAUGCACAAUUAUCAAUUGUCUGAUUCGAAUCAUUUACGUGUCAGUUUUUCGAAAUCAAACAUUUAAAUUGGAAUAAAAACAAAACAAAAACUAAAAUAAAAAAAAAACAACCACCGAAACGCAAAACGAAAAAAAAAAAACAUCGUGUGUCUGCAACACAACCCAAUUUAACGCAUACACACAUAUACACAGACAUCAACGCAAAUGAGAGCGGUGUUUUAGUUUUUGGCUAACUUAUGUCCACAUCGUCAGCAAUUUACAAUUUUGUGCAACAACUAGAUGUUAAUUAAAUGCAGAGAAAAAAAAAUUAUAAUCGAGAACAAGAUGAAAAAGAAUAUAUACAUAUAUAUUUCGAAGUCACUUCACUUUUCGCUACUUCCUUCUCUCUCUACCGAUAUAUCAAGUUCAAUCUUAUAGUAUUACUUUCAAGCUUUUUAUGCAAAGCACAUUUUGUUUUCAUAUCGCUAAAAAAAGAAUAGGGAAAACAAAAAGAAUAAUAAAUGCAGCAUUAAAACUGAACAUCGUCUAAGAUUCAGUGAUUUUACUUGAAAAAUAUAUGCAUUACGAUGUUCGUAAAUGUAAUUGUAAAAAGAACAACAACAAAACGAGAUGAAAUAAAAUCAAUCAAGAAGGAGAAAAAUGAAUAGAAGAGAAGCGAAGGAAAAUAAUGAAAAGGAAAGCGCUAAAAAGAACAAACAACCAGACUCAAAAAAAAAAUAAUCAAAAAUUAAAGAGGAAAUAUGAAAUUGGGAAAUCUCCGUUAUUACCGACAACAUGGCUGCAGUUAAUAAGAAUAUAUUAAUUAUAACUGGAUCUGCAAGCAUUUAUGCUGGCAUUUGUUCGGCUGGCAUGCAUGAUAAACAUUCGUAUCUGCGAUACCUUUACCGAGACCGUUGUGCACCCGUACACACCCACACAACAUGAUGAUAAUAACUAUUACAUUAUACAUGCCAAUGCAUGUCAAUACAUGCAUUGCAUGCACAUAUAAUUUACACGUAACAUCUUAAACUUUUUAUAUUUUCACUACUAUAUACAAUAAAUACAAAUAGAAAUGUUGUGUAUAAAACGAAACUGAUGGCGAGUAAAACAAAAGAAAGAAUAAACGAAUAACGAUGAACAACAGUAGUUGAUCCACUUGAAAGCACGAGUCCAUCUUGAACUGAAUCGAGCCAUUCAUCAAUCUGUGAAGAAUUGAGCUGAAUGGAUGCAGAAAUAAGUCUUGCAGCGACUGAUUAAAAAAAUAAAUAAAUUACAAAUAAUAAUCGUCUUAUACAUAAUAAACUAGAGAGAUGAAGAAGUUAAAAGAAAAGGAAAAAUGAAAAGAAAAUAAAGAAGCAGAGAGAAAAUCAAACCUUUUUUUACAAUAAUAUCAUUGAAAAAGGAAUAUAUUAUAAUAAAUUUACCUACAACAAGCAACAACUCAUUCAAACACAAAACAAGUAAAAUAAACGUUAAAUGAUUAAUUAAACGAUAAUUGCAACAUCAAGAUGACGAAUAAGAAAUGCAAAAAUUAAAUAGGUUAAAACCUAAUAAUAGUAUUGAUAAAUUUUUGAGUAAGAAUUGUCGAAAAGAGACGCAAUACAUUGAUUAAAAAAAAAAUGAAAAUGAUGAAGCUCGUGUAAUAUGCGCGUUACUGGGCAUUAAGUGAAAUAUAUGUAAUUUAUAAGCGAAAUAAUUGAUUUAAAAUCAACGUUUAGGCAUCUAUUCAUAUACAAAUAGAUCUGUCAGAAAGAGAGAAAAUCUAUCUAAUAGUUUAAAUAAAAAAAAAAACAUGAAACGAGAUGCAACUAAAUUAUACAUGUAAUGUAUAGAUCGAAUGUUAUGGCAACUGUGGAAUGAAAUGAAGUGAAAACAACAUUUGUUUAAAGCAAUUUGAAGAAUAAAUGACAAAGUAUGACACAGACACACACACACACACAUAGCACAAAGGGCUGAAAUAAGUUCGCAUGGUGACGAUUUUGUGUGAUUUCUGUUCUUUCUGUCUCCGACUCACUUCUUUUUAACCUCAACAUAAUUUAGUUUCAAAACCGUUUAUUUGGCCGUUUAUUCGCUCUUUAUGCUUUUCACACUGGUAAUAAAAAGUUUGCACAAAUCAAAUGGGCACACAAACAAUGUUUGCGAACGACGUUCAUGUCACAAACAUUUAUACGAUGAACAAUUUACGCAAACCAAUUAGUUAACCAAACAAGAUCAAACUGAUGCAAUCACAAUGUGGUACGUUCUGCUAAUAAUGCCCGAACCAUUUUUGUCACAUACAUUUUAUUACACAUUUCGAAAAGAAACGGUUGUUUUUAUUUCAUUUCAUAUAUAUAUACAAAAUAAGUGUAUUGUUUUCGAAUGAUUUAGACACGAAUCAAGAGAGACAAUGGAAGCAUGUCAGUGUGAAAGAAUUUUUCUCUACACACAUACACCCACAAAACCGAAAGACCGUUGACAGACAACAAAUCAAAUAUGGAAUAAAGCAUAUUGAAGGCAGCUUAAUCAAACCUCAUUUAUUUUGUAAGGCUAUAAUGUUUAGUGCUGGUUUUGUUAUCGGUCUCUCGAAUUAAAUUCCACAUGCAUACAACACAGAAAAUUUUCUUUUUAUUUUUUAACUAGCAAACUCUAUCAUUUCAUUCAGAAUUUGAUAAAUAUUUACAAAAAAAAAAAAAUCUAUUCUUAAAAACGUGGAUGAAACAAAAAAAACACACACACAAAUAAUAAUAGAAAACAACUAUUAUUAUCAAACUAUAACUAUUAUUCUAGUGAAUCAACUCACUCAAAAGAAAAACCAUAUGCUGAUUUUUCUCUUUCAAAUUUCUAGACAAUCAAAUAUUUGGUAAUCAACUAAAGAUAAUCAUAAUAUUAUUAGUAUUCGAUCACGAAUCAGAUUAAAAUAAUGAGCAACAAAAAAAUUGAAGAAAAUUAUAUUUAGCAUACAAUCGACCAAGUAAUUACUGACAAUUUAAAACAAAUUUAUUGAUUCUAGCGGAUGAGAAAACAAUAUCCGACAAAAAUGUGAACACUAUAAAAUUGUUUAUUUCAAA